ACAAGGUACCACUUUUCAAAAAGUAGCAUUUAACCUUUCGAAAAAUGUAUUCAUCUCCAUCAUUGAAUCCAAAACUCACACCUUUCCAUGCACUGUCUGAGCUAAGCUCUACUCCAUUUCACUGUCAUACAAAACAACAAACACCUCUAAACUAACCAGGCCCUCUCAGUUUCUCCCACAAGAUGGCAAUGAGCAACAAUGUCAUCGGAGCAGUCAACUUCGUCGCCGUGCUCCUCUCAAUCCCCAUCAUCGGCGCCGGAAUCUGGCUAAUGAAUGGCGCAGCUGAUUCCUGUGUAUCCUUCCUACAAUGGCCCGUCAUCAUUCUUGGUGUUCUUAUCCUCGUCGUGGCUCUCGCAGGUUGCAUUGGAGCCUUCUUCAGAAUCUCAUGGCUUCUCAUAAUCUACCUCAUUGCCAUGCUCAUCCUCGUUAUACUUGUCAUUUGCUUGGCUGUUUUCGUUUACAUGGUCACCAUUCGUGGUCAUGGCCUCAUGGAACCCAACCGCGCUUACUUGGAGUACCGUUUGGAUGACUUCUCAGGGUUUCUUCGUCGCAGGGUGAGAAGCUCGUUCAAGUGGGAUCACAUCAGAAGCUGUCUUAGUCAAACGAACAUGUGCGCUGAGCUUAACCAGAGUUUCCGAAUGGCUCAGGAUUUCUUUAACGCGCGUCUAACGCCUAUGCAGUCAGGGUGCUGCAAGCCACCGACGCAAUGUGCGUACACAUUUGUGAACCCAACUUAUUGGAUAAGCCCGAUUAACACAGCAGCAGAUAUGGAUUGCCUGCAGUGGAGCAACGACCAAACACAACUUUGCUACGGCUGUGACUCCUGCAAGGCUGGUUUGUUGGCAAAUCUCAGGAAGGAGUGGAAAAGAGCCAAUGUCGUAUUGAUCAUCACCCUUGUCGUUUUGAUAGUGGUUUAUAUGGUAGGAUGCUGUGCCUUUAGAAAUGCCAAAACUGAGGAUCUCUUUCGCAAAUACAAGCAGGGCUAUACUUGAGAAGAUUGGAUCAGUGUUUGAUGUUAGUGAAGUUUGGUACAGUGAAGUGGCAAUGAAAUUGGAUAAUUUAGUUUGUAUUAAUAUUUAUUACUAGUACUAUCUAUGUUGUUGGAAUUAAAAAAAAAUAAUAUCCAUGUAGUAUAAGAAUUUGUCGUUUUCAGUUUUCACUUUCUUUAAGAAGAAAACAUGCUUGUUUA